AUACAAAAAAAUUAUAAAAUAAACAAACAAAUUUCUCGAAUACAUACAUAUAUACAUAUAUACUUAUAUAUUUUAGCAAUGGGUUCUAAAGAUCGUACAAAAAAUUAUAGGGAAUACAGAGGAAGCAUCUCAAAAAAAUACAAAAAUAAUUAAAGUGGCAACUAUUCAAAGUUUUAAAAUCGAUAAAAUUCCCGCUCAAGAUCUAGGUCAUAGUAAUAAAGAAAUGCCCCAGCUUAGUAUUAAAAUAGCUUCUAGAAUAAUGAAAAACUUAGAUAUGAUAACAAUAAUAAUAGGUAUUAAUAAAAUUAAUAUUCUUAAAAUGAUCGUGAUUUUAGAGGAGGAUCUGUUGAAAGAAGAUAUGAUUAAGGUCCAAACAAUCAAUACAGCAGAAAUGAAGGUAGAGAUAACAAUAAUUUUGGAAGAAAUAAUUAUAAAAAUGAUACUGGAUAUUCUAGAGGAGGAAGAGAUUAUUCACCUCAAAGAAGUAAUGGUGUAGAUUCAAGAAGAAAGAGUCUCAGCUAAAAAAAUUAGAGAUAUUAUAGUCAAAAUUAAUAUAGUUAGGGUGGUAAUUAGGCAUAGUCAUAUCCCUAUUAGCAAAAUUCAUUUAAUUAAGCCUAGUAAUCACAUUACGGAAACAGCUACCCAAACCAUUAACAGAGUUCUUAUAAUAAUAAUAACAAUAACAGCAAUAGCAAUUACAAAAAAGAAAAUGUAGAAGAUUAUUACAAAAACAGAGAUUAUAAGGAUUGGAAUAAUAGAGACGGAAAUAGGAAUGACAGACAAAACAACAACUAUAGCAGUAAUAACAAUGGAAAUCAUAAUAACAGCAACAAUAGUAGGUUUACUAACAAUCCAAGUGGACAUAGCACAAUAAAUAAUAGCAAUAACAGCUAUGAUAAGAGAAAUGAAAGUUAUCGUUAAGCAAACACCUUCCCAAGUGAUUAGUAUUCGAGAGGAAAUGGAAGUGGUAAUGGCAAUCAAAAUAGCUUUAAUAAGAAUGAUAAUAAUAGCAAUUAUAAUUCUUAUAAUGGAAAUAGAAGCUAUAAAAAUGAAUAUUAAAACUCAUCUUAAGGACACUUCAAUAACAGUAAUAGCAAAUAAUACGGAAAUAACAACAAUAAUUAUGAUAACAAAAGAGUGAGUAGCUAAAAUUACAGAAACCUUACAGGUGGUGGCGGCAGCUAUAAUAACAAUGGAAAUUUUAGACGUUCAAAUUCAAAUAGAAAUAGAUCAAAUAACAAUUAUAAAAACUAUGGAAGAGACAACAAUAACUUUAGAAGAAAUAAUUCACCAAGAAGAAACUAUAACAGAUAUGAUAAUAGAAAUUAUGAAAGAAGAGAUAGCUAAAGUAGGAGAACCGAUAAAUAUUAAAAUUUAGAUCGUAAGUACCAUCACUCAGACCGCUCAAAUAAAUUCUAAAAAGCAAAUAAAUCAUACUAUAAUAGCAAUAGAUCAAACAGCAUUAAAUAUAAGGGUUAAAAAGAUAAUUAAUAUAACAGGCAAGGAUAUCAAUAGUCAGAUGGCACUUCCAAGAAGUAUUAUAAGGAUAAUAAAUCUAAAUAGACUCACUCGAGUUCAAGUAAAAGUAGUUCUUCUAAGGAUUCAUUUGUAAGUGGAGCCUCAAAGGAUAGAUCUAAGGAUGCUGGACAUUAUAAAUUUAAAAAUGGAGAAACUUUUGACGAUGGGAGAUAUGUUGUUGUUAAACAUUUAUCGGAUGGCACUUUUGGCAGAGUCCUUGAGGUUUAAGAUCGUUAAAAUGGUAACAAACUAUACGCUUUAAAGGUAAUCAGGGCAGUUGAAAGGUAUGUUGAUGCUGCUUAAAUUGAAACAGAAAUAAUCAGAAAAAUACAGGCAGCUGACCCAGAAAAUAAAUACAGAAUAGUUAAACUUGAGUCUACAUUCAAACACGGAGCCAAUUUCUGUAUGAUUUUUGAGAAAUUAGGUCUUUCUUUAUAUGAACUGUUGAAAAAAAAUAACUAUAUUGGCUAUAAAAUUCGCUUAGUUCAAAGUUUUUUCAAAUAAAUUUUAGAGAGCGUCGGAUUUCUCCACUCAAUUCAUUUAACUCACACAGAUUUAAAACCUGAAAAUAUUCUUCUUGCUUCUCCAGAAUUAAGACUUGUUGUUGAAAAUAACUCAUAAAAAGAUUCUCCUUCUACUUAAUAUUAAUCGUCAGAUAAAACAAAUGCCACAGCUGGUACAGUUUCUGAAAAUAACUAAAAGAAUGAACAUCAAAAUAAUUCAACAGGUAAAAGAUCUUCUUCAUCAUCUUCUUCCUCUUCCUCGUCCUCCUCUUCAUCAGGAUCACAUGCUAAAUCCUCCUCUAAAAAUUCUAAAAAAUACUGGGUUCCUGUUUCAGAUGAAAUAAAAAUAAUCGAUUUUGGUGGAGCAACUUUUGAAGACGAGCAUCACUCAGACAUCAUAAAUACACGUCAGUAUCGUGCACCAGAAGUUAUUCUAGGAUGCUGCAAGUGGAAUGAAGUUAGUGAUGUUUGGUCUAUUGGCUGCAUUAUUAUGGAGCUUUACUCAGGAGAAUUAUUCUUCCCUACUCAUGAAAAAAUAGAGCAUCUUGCUAUGAUAGAAAAAGUAUGUGGACCUAUCCCACAGUGGAUGGCUCAACGCUCUGAUAAUAGUGUAAAUAGUCAUUUUAAAGUAACAGAAGAACACUUCUAGCAAAAUGGUACAUAUUUUGAUUGGCCUAAAAAUGAUACAAGUCGCAAAAGCAUUAGCAAUGUUAAAAAUUUAUUAAGCUUUGACGAUAUUCUCAAACCUGAACAUCGCAUCCUUGGAGAUUUAGUUCGUAAAUGCUUAAUAAUAGAUCCAAAUCAAAGAAUAACUUGUGCAUAAGCUUUACAGCAUGAGUUUUUUAGCAUGAAAUUUGAUUGA